CCCCGACCCAUCCGCCGUUUGCUGCUGAAACUUUCAUUUCUAAAGGAAUAAACCCGCAAGAGCGCAGAGAAUGUUCUUUUUGUUUCUUCUUCUUCUUGGAGGCGUGUCCUGCUCUCCAGCCAAGAGACCUCACUAUGGGCUCAUCACCUCCCCCAAUUACCCCAAAACCUACCCCAACAACAAUCACAGCGCCUGGAACCUCGCCGUCCCCCAAGGAUUCCACAUUUCCCUCAAGUUCCUGGUGUUUGACGUCGAGCCGUCGGACGGGUGUACCUACGACUUUGUUAAGGUUUGGGCAGACACCAAGGAUCUGGGGCGGUUCUGUGGUCCUCCGAAGUCUAGAUCUCACCCGGGUCAUCGGCUAUUUGUCUCUGAAGGCCACCAAAUGAGACUUGAGUUCCAGUCUGACUUUUCCAAUGAGGAGCUUGGCUCCACCAUCCUGUACCCGGGAUUCCAGGCCUACUACCAGGCAGUGGACAAUGACGAGUGCGCUCUCCCCAAUGAUAUCAGUGCGCCGUGGACCCCGCCAUGCCAGCAUGUCUGCCACAACUAUAUAGGGGGCUUCUUCUGCUCCUGUCUGCCGGGAUACAAACUCCAGAGGGACAAGAGAACCUGCAAAGUGGAUUGUAGCAGUCAGCUGUUCACAGAGGAGUCCGGAUAUAUCUCCAGUCCGGGAUUCCCCAAACCGUACCCUGCAGACCUCAACUGCAACUACAGCAUCCGGGUAGAAGAAGGGUUCCAGAUCUCCAUCUCCUUCGUGGAAACCUUUGACAUCGACUUCCACCCGCGGGCCCCGUGUCCCUACGACACCCUGAAGGUGAUUGCCGGCGGCACCCUGCUGGAUACUUACUGUGGGCGGAAGUCUCCUGGAACUCUGAAGACCCUGAGCAACAAGGUGGACAUUCUGUUCCACACCGAUGACUCCGGCGACAGCAAAGGGUGGAAGCUGCACUACACGACCAAAGCUGUCAAAUGUCCAACGCCCUUCACCCGGGAUACAUUUUCCACAAUCAGUCCUGUGCAGAGGGAGUAUCAGAUGAGAGAUUACAUCGUGGUGUCGUGCAAAACAGGAUAUCAGCUGAUGGAGAACGACAAGGAACUGAAGACCUUCACCUCCCUCUGUCAGAAGGAUGGGACCUGGCACCGUCCGAUGCCCCGAUGUCAAAUCGUAAGCUGUAAGAGUCCGGACGUUCUGCGCAAUGGUCGGUACACCUUCCUGACCGAGGCCAACACACCGACGUACCUCGCCACCAUCACCUACAGCUGUAACGAGCCGUACUACAAGAUGGUGACCCAGAGAGACAGCGCUGAGUUCACCUGUACAGAGGAUCGGAUCUGGAAGGAUGUGAAUGGAGGAGUCCACAUUCCCAUCUGUGUGCCAGUGUGCGGAAAGCCUUCAAAUCCCGUCACCGGACACGGCCGCAUUAUCAAUGGUGAAACGGCAGAACUGGGGAACUUCCCUUGGCAGGUGCUAGUGCGCACGACUGGGCGUAGCGGUGGCAUUCUGAUAGGAGAACAUUGGGUGAUGACGGCCGCCCACGUGAUGAAUAAAGAAGAAGAAAACUCAGACGUCAACGACGUCCAUGUUUUCAUCGGCGACACAGAUGUGGACAAGCUAAUCGAUAUCGGCACCUUGGCGGUUCGGGAAGUUCACGUGCAUCCAAGUUACAUCUCCGGCCACCACGACCACGACAUCGCUCUGAUUCGCCUGAAAGAUCCCGUCACCAUGGACGAGAACACCUCCCCCAUCUGCCUCCCCGAAGACGGCGAUGAGUCCUUGUAUGACGCCGGCACUGUGGGGUAUGUGAGCGGGUUCGGGAUGACGGAGAGGCACAAAAUUUCCAAUCUGCUGAAAUACGUGGCUUUGCCCGUGGUCCAGCGGGACAGGUGCCAGCAGCAGCUAGAGGAGAAGCAAAGGAACAUGGCUGCAAGAAAUAAAAUCAAAGGGGAGAAAUUCACAGAGAACAUGUUCUGCGCCGGAUAUCCAGAAGCCAAGAAACUUCAGAGAGACUCAUGCCAAGGAGACAGCGGGGGGCCGUACGCCUCUCUAAACGAGGACAAGUGGGUGGCCACAGGUAUCGUGUCUUGGGGUAUUGGUUGUGGUUCUGGCUAUGGGUAUUACACCAAAGUCAGCAACUACAUUGAUUGGAUAAAAGGCCAUCUGAACAGUUAAAGUGCGGUAUAUGUAAAGCCAAAACUUAUUAAAAUAGAGAAGGGUUGAACGCUU